UAUUGGAGCUUGUCUCAGAUAUGCGCAUUUAUCUCAGUAACUAUUAGCCGGAAAUUUUGAGUACGAUCGGGUUGGGUUUUAACGGGUGUUUUUAUAUUAGUUACUUCCCUUCUAGAACAAUCCCCUUUCUAAAACAAUCGUGGAUUAGGUAAGACGUUGUAAAUUUGCUAAAAUAAUUUUUAACAUAAUCUUGCUUUUUUAUGGCUGUUAUAACAAAGCAUUCAACUCAUAUUGGGUAAUAUUGUACGCUGCCAGAAGUAAUAUAGAUGGAUGGUUUUAAUUUAUGAAGAUUUUUGAUUGAUUGAAUUAUUUACAUGGUUUUUAUUUAUGUGCGGCUGAAAACCACGUGAGGGUAUGAUAGUCAGAACGGAAUGCAGAUGAACUCAAAAACCGUCCAUUUUAUCCGUUAAGUAUUUACUAUUUUUGCUAAUUUUAAUUAUUUCUUAUUAUUCCGAGCAAAAUGCCCAAAACAAGAAAAACGGAUUUGUCAGCGACGAGGAGCCAGCGUGGGGGCCGGAGACGACAGAGGCCCGAGAGGGCAGGGCGUGCAAGCAGCAGUACGGCAGCAGAACAGGUAGCGCAACCUCCGGUGCAAAAUCAGAUGGUGGCUUCCCAUUCACCUCAGCCCUCCACAGCACCCAUGAUGGUGGCGCCAUCCGUCACUGGGGCAGGACCAACAGAUGCUAUUGGCUCAACCCAGCAAGAAUCGACAGAAAUGGCACAAGGUACUAACAUUGGUGCUCAGUCUCAGUCUUUAAUGUUUGGCAAUAACUUUAGUCAACCUGUCAUUAACAAUUCAACCCAAGUAGAUUUAGGUUACCAUGUAGAUAAUGCAACCAAACAAAAAAUUGUCAAUGGGGAAUACAUUAAUUUAGCCACCCUGCUGGUGCGUGAUGCUAACAGGCUACAACUAUCCACAUUGUCAAUGGACUCCCAAGGCCAAAUUAUAGCCCAGCCCAAACACAAUCAGAAUAACGUGCCCAGUAAAAACAAUGCAGGAGUUUUUGCAAGUGCGCCCAAGCAUUACGGGCCCAUUAUUUUGUCAUUUUUCGGGGAAACCACUAACACGGUAUCAGUUUAGUGCGGUCCUAGCUAAGGUCUUGGCAAAGUCAUCCAUUGAUAGUAAGAAUUUUAAGACACACUCCUUUCGGAUAGGAGCAGCUACUACAUUAGCACUUCAGGGCGAAACACAACAUGUCAUCCAAUCAGCGGGUAGAUGGCAAUCUAAUGCCUAUCGCACAUAUAUUCGUUAAUGAUAAGAAUUAUUGGGCUAGUCUCAUAUACAUGUACCAUUAUACAUUCAUCAUUUUAAGUAAGUAGUAACUAAGCUUAACAUAUAUUCGUUAAUGAUAAGCAUUAUUGGGCUAGUCUUAUAUCAUACAUUCAUUAUUUGUAGUAAAUAGUAGAUAAGCUUAACAUCUACCAAGUUUUGUGCACAUAGGUGUCAAUAAAGUCUGGGUCAUAGGAUCCUCCAUAGUCAAGAGAGCGAGCAUAGCGUCCAGGGAACGAAAGGGGGGUUAAACUUUGGAAUAGUUAAUACCGAAAUCUGGUGGCAAGGCUAUGGAGGUAUGGUCCUUAGUCAGUUACUUCCCAAGCUUCGUGUGCUGCGAAGAAUUGAGAAUGACCCAGAUGUAUUAAUUAUACACUGCGGAGCAAAUAGUCUAGGUCUCAUUGAGUUAAAGUCACUGCUGGAAAAGCUCCAAGACACACUGGAACAAAUAGCCAAGCUUUUCCCUCGUUCUAAAUUGGUAUGGUCAAACCUGCUCCCUAGAUUCAAUUGGAGGUAUUCAGAGGACACUAGGGCCAUGGAGGACUCAAGAAAAAGAGUCAAUAGGGAAGCAAUAUUGUUAGUUACAUCUAUGGGGGGGAGUUUUAUUAAACAUACUCAGUUUGACAGUAAGGACCCAACAUUAUUUCAUGAUGACGGUGUUCAUUUGUCCAAAAAGGGAAAUGAUUCAUUCCUAGAAAACAUUGAAAAGGUUGUUACAUCGUUACUUAAGGUUGAGGGAGAAGAAAAUGAGCAAGCUCUGGCCGCUGGUGACCAUCUGUGUUGAGGUACUGCCGCCGUCACUAAUGGUCUUUGGUCCUCCCAUUGUGGCGGUUGCAGUUCCAUAAUUGCCCGUAAUAGAUUUGCAUCAGACAACAGGCAUUUAUGGCCCUUGCAAGUGGCGUAUUUCGACCGCACCUCAACACAAAUGGAAGAGUCGACACAUAUUCUACGCUCAUGACGUCAUAUUGGACAGUUGAUCCUAAGCACAUGUGAAAUUUUUUGUCCAUUUACUUGUCAUUCAAGGCUGCUUAUAUCAUGUAUAUGGCUUAAGUAAGGUUAAAAUAUUUAGUAGAACGUUAAUGCACUUGCGUUUACCCAGUGCAUGAUUACGUCAUAUUUGCUUAUUGAUAAUUGAUAACGUCAUAUUUGCUUGUUGAUGACGUCAUAAUUACGUCAUAGUUGCCUAUUGAUUACAUCAUGUUUGCUUUAUGCUUGUUGCUUUGCUUUUUGCUUGCUUGCUUGCUUUUGUUGGGGGCGGCCCUGCGGUAGCCCCCAUAAUUUCACCGCGGCCAGAAGCGCCAAAUAAACUAUUCUCAGAUAACUUGGUUUUCAUGUUAUU